UUGCGUCACAGGGUCUAUCACACCGACACCCAUGGAUGGGAUCUCAGGUGCUCCCUGUCCUGUGGGCCACUUCUGCCCCUUGGGCAGUGAGAGCCCCACACCUUGCCCACCUGGCUCCUACAUGGCUGAAACACAUGCGCAAGGACAGUGCCACACCUGCCCAGAAAGGAAGUAUUGUCUCCCUGGCCACUUGCCACAGCUGUGUCCCAAAGGCUUUUUCUGCCCCGAAGGAACAGGCUUAAACUGGCAGCCGUGCCCCCCAGGGACCUACAGCCCUAUCCAAGGGAUAGGUAGUCAUACCGACUGCAGAGCGUGCGAUGGAGGAAAGUUCUGCAUGUACCACAAUGCAACUGAUGUUACAGGACACUGCUGGGAAGGGUAUUACUGCACCCAGGGUUCAGACCGGCCCAAUCCUGAGGUUCAGCUCAAUGAUCACAGUGCUGGCCCAUGUCCUUCUGGUCACUACUGUCCAAGGGGCACAGCUGUUCCCAAGCAGUGCCCUGUGGGAACAUUUGCCGCUAGCACCAAGCUAAUAUCUGAGGUAAAAGCAAAAAUACACUUAUAGCUGUCCUUUGUAGGAAUUGGAUAUCCUUCAUAUAUACUGGCUAUAAAUUCACUGAUCCUUAACAAACCCCAUACAA